AUGGACGCUCUCCAAGCUGGACACCGUCAUGUUCCAGCGCGACGAAUCGCCCAUCACCUGGAUGGUUACAACAGGGCCGUGGUUGAUUCGCGCACACGAGAAUGGGAAGAUCUGCGCUACGCGCUGGCUAGGCGAUCUUUCCGGGCAGUUACCGUCUCUUCUUUCGAAUGGAUCCCUGAAGACGCAGGACUUCAUCGCGCUAACGCUCGAAUCACGUCCGGCGCUAUCGCUCAGACCCCAUCGGGCAUCCAAAUCCUCGUCUCCUACGAGGCUGUCAGCCGCAAGCGGCGCACGGAUUCGAAGGAGGCUUUCAACAUGACGGCAACUUCCAGGUCGAAACCCACUACUUAUCUCCUCCUGUUGGGGUCUGGAGGUUUCACCUUCCGGCGUGAGAUCUUGCGUUCUUCUGAGCCUGUCGCAUUCAAUGGCACAUACGCGAGGUUCUUUCGCUUGGACGAUGAAGAACACCCUCAUAUACGCAAGGUAUGGAGAGACGAGGAGACCAUCUCCCCUGAGGUCCUUCGAGAGUUAUGGCACGGCAGCCUUACAGGGACUUUCGUAAAUGGUUAUCUUGUUACCAUCAGCGAUCAAAGCGACAGGGUCUAUCUGACCGGCGUUGACGAUAUUGAGAAAUCCUUCACCUCUGGGGUUGAACCCGACAACCUGGACGUGUCCUUGGCUGCUGCUCCCCAGCGUGUCAAGGUUUUCGAGACGCCAAGCGAGGGUAUUGCGUGGGGAGUCAAGGAGACAGGAGUGAUACGGCUGUAUUGUUCUCCGACGAUGUCAUCUUCGGCCUCUCCGACCAACUGGGCUUUGGCGACUAUCCCUGAUACCGAGGUUGUGUUAGAUUUCACGAUCCCCGCGCAAUUCGACGUUCUUCUCUAUCUCUCGCGUGACCGUACUGCUAAAUAUACGGUCAUCAAGAAGAUAAAGCUGCCGUCUCGACCUGCCUGGCCCACCGCGGAGUUUCAGCAGUGCGCCAAGGCCGAUCUCAUCGCUGACCCAGACUGCCAGCAAGACGUUUUGCGACAUGCGAACUUCAUAGCAGUCGCAGACAAGGAGGCGACCGUACUCGUUGGAAGGAUUGGAGGACGACUUUGGAUACGGCUCAAGUACAUGCAUGCCAGCCACCGGAGGCCAACGGCUCGGGUUUCGGUGGACUGGGAUCUCACGCAUUCCUAUAAUGAGGCGGCCAUCGUCGAGGCGGCCACCAAGAUGAUACCGCCUGCCGAAGAAGAUGCUGAGUUCGCGCCGCUGCGGCCGGAAGAGGUGCUGUUAGGGUUCGACUCUGGAGAAGACAUGGUGUAUAUGGAAGAAGCCUGGACUGCCUUCCCGCUCGGUGCUGCUGCGGCGGCCCAUCUUGGGUAUGGUAUACGACCCACCCUGCAAUUGCUGCAGGGCCGCGCCGACAACGAAGUGAGCUUCUUCUCCUUCAAGUGCACCUCGCGAGAACGAACGCGUUACUUCGCUUGCUCCGUGAACGAAGCUUAUUGGAAGGAUCUCCACAAGCGCUUCGACUUGAUGAACAACAAUAAGCAUCGCUCGGAUUUCCAAAAGCCACUCUAUGAACAUGGCUCAAUAUCAACACGCCAAGUAGGAGAGUUCUUCGGAUGGAAGAAUGAGCAUCCCGAGAACCUGCCCAAUUUUGACAUUCUCUCCAACCCAGAUAUGCGCUUCUUUGUGAUGAAUAUAUGCCUCGGUCCCGGACCGGAUCCGACAGCCGAGGUGGUCGACUUUUUGCCCCGUCGAGCAUACCAGGUCGUGCUGGUAACGGACUGCACCGAUGGUGAUCUGCUCGAAUCGAUGGCUGUUGCCGCUCUCGUGCGAUAUGGCGAUACGAUUAGGAAUACCCUAAACGCAUUGAGAAUAGAUGGCGAAGAAGUCACCACAAGCUACGACCCCAAUUUCGGUUUGCCAAUCUUUGACGAGGUCGGCCUUGAGGACGAGACAGCAAUUCCGACUACUAUCCCUCGGGUUAGUGUUACUGAGCUUGCAGUUACUGGGGCCAUAGAUUUCCGACACUAUAUUAUCGGAAGAAACCAAUCUCUAUUUCGGUGGAUUGCCUUCCGACCCGAUGUGACCUUGUACGGUGCAGAAAUACGAGCGCUAGCUCAGCUAGACUCCCAUCCAUAUGUGGCACCUUGCAAGCGGAUCGUUUUGGAUCCCACUGGACGCAAGGUCGUUGGAUAUACUUCCCCGUACUAUCUUGGUGGAGAUCUCGGCGGACAGACCUCUUUUCGAUCGCGGAACAUUGCACAGCUGAUGAUCACGGUAGAUGACCUGAAUUUCAAAUACGGUCUUUUUCAUCGUGAUCUUCACCGUAGAAACGUUGUCCUGCAUAAUGGCGAUGUGAAGGUGAUCGAUUUCGAAUUUGCCUCCAAAGAACGAUUUCCCAUCGGACAGAGGACCGAUGGCCAAUCCGUGGGAUGCAUGGACGCUGCUGAUGCCGAUGCCGCCUGUGUCAUUGCGAUCGCAUAUGAAAUGUGCACUGGCAAGUCCGCACGCGUGUUUGAGGAUCCGGAUCCGGAAUUGCGUGAAGUGUGCAAUUCGGCCAAACUGCACAGCACUCGGGGAGAUGCUGUCAUGGAUGCUCAAUGGAUUGCCGGGCAAUCGAUUGAUAGUAGUCCGGACCAAGUUAAAGCGGCCCUCGCCAUCUGGCGGCGCAUGCGUCUUUCCCCUCAAUAUACCUGGGCGGGCUACUUGACGGACAUAAAGAAUCAGUUGGGCGAUGUAUUGUGGUUAAUCUCAGAUGACACCCUACAAAGCAAGAGCUAG